AUGGACAUGGAGGUUUGGCUGAAGUCUUCGGUAAGCAUGGCGCAGCAGCUCUUGGUCUCUGAAAUCCACGCCACGUUCAUCGAAUCGGGCUUCAUGGGUUACACCGAAACACCAAUUGACGAUAAGUCCGAUUCUUGUCACUGUUGUACCUCCUCCUAUUAUUAUACUCUUCCUGCCCUUGUUGCCAAUAAUAAUGAUGGGACGCAGCCGCCGCCGCCGCCGCCGCCGUUGGUACAAGUCGAGUUCCAGGCUAGCGGAAACCUGCUGACAGCUUGCGGCCAUCUGGUCCGGAAAGAUUCCAAUAUGCACAGCCUGUGCUUGGACAAGAGCGGAGAACUCGCGGCAGCAAUUAAUCGCGGGGACCUUUCGGAACUUCGGAGAAAGAUCAAGGAUGGAAUGUGUUUCCCUUUGCUGAUCAAUAUCUCGGAGGAAGCCGGACUGACAGGGCCCAGCUCCUUGUCCACUCUACCGGACGAACUCAAGAUCGUAAUCAUGACUAUGGUGCCGGGUACAACGCUAGCAGUGAUGGAAUGCGUGUGUGGCAGCCUUCGGAGCCUAUCCUCCUCCCGCGAUUACCAGCUGUGGGCAACCAAAUUCCGUCAGGAGUUUGGCGACCGGGAGGUGCCAUUCCGUCCCUUCGAGGCACCGAAUUGGAACUGGAAGGAGCGGUUCAUUUAUAUAGCACGGGAUAGGAAACGGAGGAGAGAUGAUGAGAUGUCGCGCAUGGGGGAAGUUAGGCGGAGAUUUUUAGCCUUACGCAUGAGAAGGCCCAGCAACUAG